AUGAGGGACAAGGAGCUCGAGCCUCUGCAGAAGAUCGGGCAGGAUGUCUAUCUCUACGAGUGGUCUGGCUACAACAGCAAUGAAUCCAGUUCUGACCCUUCGCUCAUCAUCCUAUGCACCUGGCUCGGAGGAGCAAGUCCUCGACGCAUCAAUAAAUACGUGGCGCAAUAUCGAGCCCUUUUUCCAGCAUCAUGUAUUCUUCUCAUUACAACUACGUUACCAGAUAUCACCAUCCGUCCCUUUAGCGUGCUGCGCGCACGAUUGAAACCAGCUCGUGAAGCCAUCUGCCGCAUUUUCUCUCAGAAAGCCGAAGAUACAACUGGAAGCAAGGACGAUGCUCUGCUACAUGUCCUUUCACACGGAGGAUGCAAUACAGCCAUUCAAUUGGCUCUCUCCAUGAAGGAGAAUACUGGCCCAAACACGUUGCAUCACCUCCCUCUAAAAGGCGUCAUCUUCGAUUGCUGUCCUGGGGAGACCGAUUUCCGCAGAUCAUACAAUGCCGCUGUUCUAUCUCUUCCCCAGGGUGGUAAGUUGGUACAGCUUGUCGGCAGGGCUGUGUUGUACACGACCGUGGGAACGAUCACUAGUAUCCAGAACAUGGGGCUUAUGAGCUCUGUCAAUGACCUGCGGCAUCAACUGAAUGGCGAGGCGGUGUUGGGGCGCCAGGUGCGAAGGCUGUACAUGUUCUCGCAAGCGGAUACCACUGUCGACUGGCGCGAUGUGAUGUCACACAUGGAGGCGGCUCGAGAGCAGGGAUAUCAAGCUAAUGGGGUUAUGUUUCGGAACAGCCCGCAUUGUGCACUGAUGCUGGAGGAUGAGAAGAAAUAUUGGACGAGCAUUAAGCAGUUUUGGAGGGAGGAGGAUCUAUCGUACAACAUCGAUGGUCCUGCAUCUGCUCUUGAAGGUGCGCAACAUCCGCAAUUGCUCAUCACUCGCUCCCAACGCGUUGUGAUCUUCGGCUCUCUUGACACGGUCACGCUUAUGGAUCUGUUAUCGGUCCUACCGGGCUUUCAAACACGGUCAUACGCUCAUAUUAUACCCCCACUCGAGCGAAACAAAAUCACCAUCGUCGAUCUCAUCACCCUCGAUAAUCUCGAAAUCGCGAAACGCGCUCACGUCCCCCCCGCAGACCUUCGCCGGCUAACCACUCAGGUUGUCAAGGUGUUGCACAAGGAUGUUGGGUUUGAAGAGGCUUGUGAUGGUGAUGAUGCUGUCGAGCCGAGCUCCAGCAAUGACAUCGAAAAGCCUCUCAUCCCUGGUCCAUCGACCAAGCUAGACUUGUCGCGAUGGAGUGCGAUCAGCACUUUGGACCCCGCGUUGGAUGAGCUACUCAAUGGUGGUCUGGCGACCGGCUAUUUGACCGAGGUGACUGGAGAGAGUGGGAGCGGCAAGACGCAAUUCCUCCUCAGUCUCCUUCUAGCGGUGCAACUUUCAGAGCCUCGAGGUCUCGGAAAAGGCGCAAUAUACAUCUCAACGGAGGCCCCGUUGGCGACAUCACGACUGUCGCAGCUCCUCGAGUAUCAUCCUUACCUCUCGACCCUCCCGAAAGACCGCGCCCCGACACUGGAGAACAUCCUCUCCAUCAACGCGAUGGACCUGGAAUCCCAAGAUCAUAUCCUCAACUACCAGUUGCCCGUUGCGAUUACCCGCUACGACGUUGGCCUCGUAGUCAUCGACUCGAUCACUUCAAACUACAGAGCAGAACAUACAUCUCACAAUGUUUUGGGUCUGUCUACACGAUCUGGGGAACUGGCAAGGCUGGGCCAGCUGCUGCGCAACCUAGCCGUCGCAAAGAAUAUUGCGAUUGUUGUCGCAAAUCAAGUGUCGGACCGCUUCGAUCCCCUCGAGAGCAACGCAGCAUUGCGGCGCGCUGCCGCGUACGGAAAUACUAUUAUCUCAUCCCCGCCCGUAUCCACACAACAGCAACCGACGACACCUCUACACCGCGACUCAGGCGUCGCUUCCCCCCUUCCCGCUGCCCGAUCUAGGCCUCCGGAGUCCGGAAAUGCCGAGCUGUCCCCUCACAUCACGAUCGCACCACCGUCCUCAUCCCCAGCCUUCCCCUCCUCGCCGUUCGUCGGAGACGAAAACCAGUCUGAGCAGCAGCAGCAAGACUUCGACGGAUCAUACCUAAUCGGCAACCCCGUGCGCAACGAGCUACUGAGCCUAGUGCACCAGCAACGAUUCUUCACCGGGUGGGGCGAUACGCCGCAGGCUGCCGCGCCGCCUUCACCAUACUACUUCUCCCGGCAGCCGACGCACAAGACGCCCGCGCUGGGGUUUGUCUGGUCGUCCCAGAUAGCGUGCAGGAUUGCCCUGAAGAAGGAGGAGAUCGCGAUAUUGCACGAUCCUGCUUUUGAGCCAAAGAGCACAGACCCGUUGUCGCCAGCUUCACAGCCACACGAAGAAAUCAAACCGACGUCAGACGGUAAGGAGCAACGAAGCGAUCACCACGUCGUGGAAACCAAUUCAGUUGUCCCGCCUGUACGACCACGGGCCGCGCCCCAACCGGCAGCCCCAGACACCGUUCCCCCUCGCACGCUCCGAAGAACCAUGAAACUGGUCUUUGCGCCUUGGACCUCCGGGAGGGCAACAACUACCGUCGACAAGGAGGGGAACCCCACCGUUUACAUCCAAGAUGAGGUUGAAUAUACCAUCUGGAAGGGAGGAUUGAGGAGUGUGGAAGCGCAAGAGUAG